AUGUCAUCAUUCAUAUUCAACGGAGACAAUAAACUUAUGCAAGAUAUCUGGACCGCACAUCUAGAGGACCGCAGUCUCGCCCUAGGCGCGCGCAAAAAGGCACUUUGGCUACCAGAUAUUGAUACAGGACGAGGCUUCCGUAGCUUGCAUAUGCAAAGUGACGUAUUCUCUGUUCAUCAAAAGGGGGGUAUCGUAUACGCCGGUGCUAGAAACGGUACAAUCGGUAGAUUCGACAUGAGAGCCAAAAGCGAUGCAUACGACGACAUGUUUUCAGGCACCCUUCGUCAAAGGCAAUCCUCGGUAACCUAUCUUGAAAUCGUGCGAGAAUGGGAAUUGCUCUUGAGCACUGUGAGCGGUGAGCUUGCGACAUACGAUCUGCGGUUUCCGCGGGCAAGAUUUCCUCUGAGAUCGCUCUUGGGUCAUGUAAACUCGUACAAUAUGCACCUC